AUGGCUACGAAUACAACUUCCAAUCAUCUCACUCCUCCUCCGUCAACACUGGGCUACAUAAAUAACGAAAAAACUGACGACUCAAUAGCGCCGAUUCCAAUACAAAGAAAUCCCCCCUCACCUAGAACUCAAUCUAAAUCUAUAUUAACGGUCGCGCUUCAAAAGGCCCAGAAAGCUGUUCACUUUGAUGAGGCAAACAAUGUUGCAGCCGCACUUGAAGCUUAUAAAGAGACUGUUGAAUUAUUAUCACAAGUUAUUGGCAAUGCUGCAAACGAGGCAGAUCGUCGGAGGUUACAACUUAUCCACGAUACGUAUGCAGAUCGAAUACGAUUACUCUCGACCAUAGUUCUAGAAGCCGAAGAUGAUAGUGCUAGUAAUGUAGAUAAUGAGCCAGACAUAAGUGAAUAUAUACUGAAUAAUGUUACAUCACAAUAUUCUAAUCGUACAACUGAAUCUAAUG